AUGAAAACUCUUCAUUUGUUAGCAUCAAUUGUAAUAAUUAUUGGUGCUUCAGAAGCUGCUCCAGUUAAAAGAGGAUUUUGGGAUGAUUUAUUUGGUUUAGAUCAAACUACGACUCAAGCCGUUGCAGCUGCAACUACUACUCCACAGGCAGUCACUAUACCUACUCAGCAAGCAGUUGCUCCAGCUCAACCUGCUACUACUUCAUCAUCUGGUGGAUUUUGGGCUAAUUUAUUUGAUUUUGAUACCCCAUCAACAGCAGCAGCUACAACUCCAAUUACUACACAAGCUCCAGUAGCUCAAGCUCAACCAACUGCAGCCACUACAACUUCAAGAGGAUUUUUAGCUGGCUUAUUAGAUAAUUUAUUUGGUAAUAAUGAUUCUACAACUUCUCCAACCACAGCUCCAGCAGCUAUAAGUAUACCAGCAUCAGUUCCAACUACAUCACAACAACCAGCUCCAAUAGCGUCAUCACCAACAACUGCACAAGUUCCAGCAGCUACAACAACAUCAGGAGGUAGAACAGCUCAAGAAUUAUGGGAUUUCUUUUUUGGAUCAAGUUCUUCAAAUGCUGCUGUUUUAUCUCCAGCAACUACACAACCAAUUCAAUCAUCAUCUAAUAAUGUCAAUUCUUUAAUUAAUACUUCACAAUCACACGUUUCAUCUAUAGCUUCAUCAAAUCCAAAUACAUUAGGUUCAACAUAUCAAGGUGGAUCACCAGGUAAAAAUACCGAAUCAAUCAACACUGCAACCGCAACUGCCAUUAAUGGUGGUAGUACAGAUGGUGCAGAAGUAGCUGAAGGAGCAUUAGGUAUUACCUAUUCACCAUACACAAAAUCUGAUGGUUGUAAAACAGCUAGUGAAGUUGCUUCUGAUAUUGCUAAGUUAUCAAGCUAUGAAGUUAUUAGAUUAUAUGGUACUGAUUGUUCAGGAAUUGAAAAUGUAUUAUCAUCAAUGCAUUCAGGUCAAAAAUUAUUCCUUGGUGUUUGGAAUGCUGCAACUCCAACAAAUGAAUUAAGUGAUAUUGUUAAAGCUAUCAAUAAUUCAAAUCAAGGUUGGGAUGUUGUUCAUACAAUUGCAAUUGGUAAUGAAAGAGUUAAUGCUGGUGUUUAUACUGCUGCACAAAUGAAAACAUAUGUCGAUCAAUCAAGACAAUAUUUGAAACAAAAUGCUCCGCAGUAUACUGGUCCAAUAGUUACUGUAGACACAUUAGUUGCAUAUUUAGCCAAUCCAUCAUUAUGUGAAAUGUCAGAUUAUUUAGCUGUUAAUUCACAUCCUUAUUGGGAUGGUGGUGUACAACCAUCAAACUCCGGCCCUUGGUUACAACAACAAAUUUCAUCAUUACAAAAUGUUUGUGGUAGUCAAAAAGAAGUGUUAAUUACAGAAACUGGUUGGCCAACACAAGGUCAAGCUUAUGGACAAUGUGUUCCAUCAGUACCAAACCAAGUUAGCGCUGUCGCAUCAAUUAAUAAAUCAAUUGGUGCAAAAACUAUAAUGUUUACAAUGUACAAUGAUUAUUGGAAAGAUCCAGGCGCUUACGGAGUAGAACAACAUUGGGGAUUAUAUGGAGAUCCAAGUGAGUAA